AUCUUCGUGAACGAUGUUCGAUUUGCAUCGUUUGCGCAUCGUUCGGACCCGCAUGACAUCACUGGUCUGCAGAUCCAGGGCGAUAUCGAACUUACGGGCAUACAGAUUCACUGAGUUGACAGUCUCUCUCUUCGUUUAUGCUUUUUCUUGUCGAACUUUAAAACGAAAUAGCAAGAAAUCCCGUUUACGGAUAGCCUAUGUCUCUCUUCGUAUCUCUUUCCAUCCGCAUCAGCUUCUUAAUAAAAAAAAAUCCCUAAUUUCUUACUUAUAUGCAGUCCUAUGA